AUGAGGACGUUUUCACCAGUAAUUAGUUUGCGAAACGUUCAUACAAACGCUUCUGAGGUUAGGUUUGUUGAUCCACAACACAAUCGUGGGGAUGUUGAUUUAUUGCAUCAAAUUGGUUACAAACAAGAGUUGAGACGACAUUAUUCAACUAUACAAGUAUUUGGCAUUGCUUUCUCGAUCAUGGGCCUAGUUCCGAGUAUAGCGUCAGUUUUAACUUCAGGCUUAAACGCUGGACCUGCUGGUUUAGUCUGGGGAUGGCUUAUUGCUAGCUCAUUGAUUUUCUGUACAGGUCUCUCCAUGAGUUUUAUGGGUAGUGCUAUACCCACCAGUGGAGGAUUAUACUAUUACGCAAAUUAUUACUGCCCUGACAGCAUUAGGGUUGGAUUGAGUUAUUUGAUUGGAUGCUCAAAUUCUCUCGGUUUAACUGGUGCCAUAUGCAGCAUCACUUAUGGCUUUGCGGUUGAGGUCUUAUCAGCUGUUUCACUUUCCAAAGACAACAAUUUUGAACAAACAAAUCCAAAAACCUAUGGUGUGUUUGCCGCUGCAAUCAUUUUAAACGUGGUAAUUGCAUGCUUGACAACUAAACAUGCUGCCAAGUUUCAAACAGUUUCAAUCUGUGUUAAUGUGUUUUUGAUUUUACUUUUUAUCAUUGCUGUGCCAGUGGGAUUUUCAAAACACAAUACCUUUAACUCAAGAGGGUUUAUAUUUGGCAAGUGGGAGAAUAGAAGAGACUGGCCAAUGGGAUGGAGCGCCUUGAUGUCUUGGAACCCAGCGUUGUGGACAAUUGGAUCAUUUGACUCGUGUAUUCAUUGUUCAGAGGAGGCAUUGAAUGCCCAGAGAUCUAUUCCUGUGGGGAUUUUAGGUUCCAUUGCCGCCUGUGGGUUUUUAGGGUGGUUCAUUGUGAUUGUGUGUGCGGCCUGUAUCAAAGAUGGUGAUACUGCCCGGGUUCUUGCUUCUGAAACAGGUUCACCAAUGGCGCAGAUUAUAUACGACGCCUUGGGAAAGAAAUGGGCAGUUGCAUUCAUGUCGUUAAUCUGUGUGGGACAAUACCUUAUGGCAAUUUCAUUAAUGAUUGCAUUGUCAAGACAGAUUUGGUCGUUCGCUAGAGAUGAUGGGUUACCAGUGGUUUACAAAUGGGUAAAGUAUGUCGACCCAAAAAUCAAGGUACCCAUCAGAGCAACGAUGUUUGCCGGUUGUUGUGCAUUGGUUAUGGGCUGCUUGUGUAUAAUUCCAGGCUCAGCCGGUUCUGGCGCUUUGUUUUCGCUUGCAAUCGCCUCGAAUCUUUUGGCCUGGGGAACUCCAGUCCUACUCAUUGUGUUACCAUACGGCCGAAAGAAGUUUAUUCCUGGCCCAUUCUAUUUUGGAAAGACUAUUUCCACCGCCAUCAACGUCAUUACCGUUAGUUUCAUCAUUUUUGUAAUCACGAUGAGUAUGUUUCCAGAGUCUACUCAUGUCGAUAAAGAUAGCAUGAACUAUACGUGUGCUAUCAAUGGUGGUGUUUGGAUGUUGUCUGUCAUUUAUUAUUACACGUGGGCAUGGAGAAGUUACACUGGACCAAAAUCCAAUCUUGAUGGUACAGAGUCAGAUGAAGAGGAAGAAGAAGCCAGUGUAAAAAAUGUUGAUGAGCUUUUGGAGGAGAAAAAGUUAUAG